AGCCGUGCUCGUAUGAUUCCAUUCUCUCUCUCGACCUUUUCGCCGUCGAUUAAAAAAAACUCUCGUCCCCUCCCUGCAAAGCGUCGGCCCUCUCAAAACCCUAACCCUAGAUUUCCCCCAUGGCCGAUUCCAACCACCAAGAUCAAAUUUGCCGCCGCCAUUACAACCCCUACCAGACCUCCAGAUCCCAUACGCGCCAAAUCUACGACCUUCCGACCUUCCCCCGAGUUCUCUUCCAAGAGGAAUCCGUCGCCCAGCGCCGAUCCUGGGGCGAAAACCUAACCUACUACACCGGCAUCGGGUACCGCGGCGCCGCUGUUGGCGCCUCCGCCGGCCGCCUUGGCUCGGCCCUCCAGGUCGCCGAGAAAGGCGACACCUUGAAGCUUAGAGUCAAUCGGGUUCUCAACUCUGGCGGCCACGAGGGUCGAAAGUUUGGGAACAGGCUUGGGGUGAUUGGGCUUCUUUAUGCUGGGAUGGAGAGUGGGAUGGUGGCGGUUAGGGAUAAGGAUGAUUGGGUGAAUGGUGUUGUUGCGGGGCUCGGAACGGGGGCGGUGUUUAGGGCUGCCAAUGGGCCGAGGUCGGCGGCGGUGGCGGGGGCGAUCGGGGGCCUGAUGGUUGGAGCUAUGGUUGGCGGGAAGCAGGUGGUUAAGAGAUAUGUGCCCAUAUGAGAAAAGUUUUGGUAUCUUGCUAUAGUUUUAUAAGUUUGUUAGUUAUAUGAAGUUUUGAGGGGUUGAUGUUUGAUUAUUGGUACGUCUGUAUCUGUGGAAUGAAUGACCGGAUGGUCAGGGAAAACUGUCGGAGUAUCUUGACAGUUCAAUUGAUUUUGGUUCAUGAAUGAUAAGAUGAUAAUUUUAUGUGGGAUUUUUGUGCAA